UUCCACAACACAUCAUCUUUUGUUCGAAAUAAAGAAUAAAAAGAAUCAUAUCAGCUUAUUAAUUAUUCAAAUAGUAAUCAGUUUGAUAAAAAAUAUUCAAUCUAUAGUUUCACGUCGAUACAAAAUUAUUCGUCAUCGUAGGUCCUUAAUUGGGGAAGAGAAAAAAAUCGCCGAAACUUAUACAAGCAAAUCAGAUUGUUUUGUUUUUUAAGAAAAUGAAAAUAUUUACAGUGUUUGUUCUGUUACUUUCAAUAUUUAUCUGUUCUUCUGAAAGCCUCCAAGAAUCUAAGUCUGGAACUAAAGACAAACCAAAAUUGAACCAUCCUAAAGAAAAGGACGAAGAUUCAAAGGAAGAAUCAGAUGAAGAAUUUGAUGGAUUUGUAAAAAUUCUUGCUGGUGAUUUCAAUUAUCCAAGUUCUGGUAUAAAAAUGGUAAGGGCUCCUGAUCUGUCUAAAGAUAGUGACAGUAAGAAGAUAACUGAUACACUUUCAUUGAUGUUGGAAUCACAAGAAAAAUGGAUACAGAAAUUUGAAGAAGAACUUGAAGAAAUACAUCAUAGCGAAUCAUUUGAUGACGUUAAAACUGAAAAAACAGCUGAAGAAAUUGAAGCUGAAAAUUUUUAUGAACAAGCACUGGUAAUUCUUAAUAAAACCAAACACAUAAAUCGAGAUGAAGGUUUUGUUCUGCUUCAGAAAGCAGCCGAGAAAGGACAUAAACAAGCAAAAGCUAGAAUUGCAUGGGGUCAUUUACUCGGCAAUCCUCUUGAACUAAAUGUAGAGAAAGCAAAAGAGACUUUUGAAGAACUUGUUGAGAGUGGAUUACCAGAAGCUCAUAUGGCAAUGGGAUUCAUGUUCGCAACUGGAAUUGGAUAUAAUGUUUCCCAAUCAAAAGCUUUGGUUUAUUAUACAUUAGCAGCAAUAGCUGAUAAUCCUUUCGCUCAAAUGAUCCUUGGAUAUCGUUAUUGGACAGGUAUAACUGUUCCAAAUAGUUGUGAAAAAGCACUAGAUUAUUACCGUAAAGUCGCCUCUAAAGUUGCAUCAGAAGUAACAUUUUCUGGCGGUCCCGCAAUUCAUCGUGUGCGAUUACUUGAUGAAAUUGAAAAUUCGGGAAUAAGCUCAGGUGUUCUGGACAAUGAUCUAAUAGAUUAUUAUGAAUUAUUAGCCAAUAAAGGUGAUGUUCAAGCACAAGUUGGUUUAGGUCAGUUGCAUUAUCAGGGUGGCCGUGGCAUUGCUCUCGAUCAUCGAAAAGCGUUAACUUAUUUCACUCCUGCUGCAAAUGCUGGCAAUGCUGUUGCAAUGGCUUUCUUAGGAAAAAUUUAUCUAGAAGGAAGUGAAAAUAUCAAAGCUGAUAACGAGACAGCACUAAAGUUCUUCAAAAAAGCUGCUGACCUGGGAAAUCCUGUGGGACAGAGUGGACUUGGUAUCAUGUAUUUACAAGGUAAUGGUGUCCCCAGAGACACUGAAAAAGCCUUGAAAUAUUUCACUCAAGCUGCAGAUCAAGGAUGGGUAGAUGGACAAUUACAACUUGGAAACAUGUACUACAGUGGAAUAGGUGUGAAACGCGAUUUUAAACUCGCUAAUAAAUAUUUCAAUUUGGCAUCACAAUCGGGUCAUGUUUUGGCUUUUUACAAUCUCGGUCAAAUGCAUGCCUCAGGUGUCGGAAUGAUGAGAUCAUGUCCAACUGCUGUCGAGUUAUUUAAAAAUGUUGCUGAACGAGGCAAAUGGUCCGAACGCUUAAUGGUCGCAUAUCAAGAUUAUCGAGGCUACAAGUAUGAAGAAGCUUUUAUGCAGUAUGGUCUCCUAGCUGAGCUUGGCUAUGAGGUUGCGCAAAGCAAUUCUGCUUUUCUUCUAGAUCGUAGUGAAAUAAAACUAUUCACAAAUCGACAAGAGGAUUUAUUACGUGCAUUACAAUAUUGGGGACGAGCUGCAGGACAAGGAUAUUCAGCUGCUCAAGUUAAGCUUGGAGAUUAUCACUACUAUGGACUUGGUACAGGAGUAAUUGAUUAUGAAACAGCAGCAUCGCAUUAUCGAAUGGCUUCAGAACAACAACAUAAUGCACAAGCAAUGUUCAACUUAGCUUAUAUGCAUGAAAAAGGUCUUGGAAUGAAAAAAGAUAUUCAUUUGGCAAAAAGAUUUUACGAUCUUGCUGCUGAGACAAAUGUAGAUGCGAAAAUACCUGUGGUGCUUGCAUUAUUGAAACUUCAACUUUUCUAUAAAUUUGAAUCAUUGCGUGAGGACAGUUUUUUUAACUUAUUGUUAGGUUUGGAUGAGAACAUUUCAUCGAAUUGGGAUCUUUAUCUCAUAACUGUCAUCACAAUCUUUCUCGGAAUGAUAAUAUAUUCCAGACGACCUCCUCCUGAAAUUGUUCAUGUUACACUUCCUUCAACAAAUGAUGAAAAUGUGAAUCAAAACACUAGAGGAGAGCCAGAUGAGGAACCUCAAGUGAAUAAUGAUAGUACACAAUGAUUCAGUUAAAAUUAAUCAUCCGACAUGAAAUUUUUUAAUGAGUCUUUUUUAAGGAAAUUUAUAGUCAAAAUUGCUUGACGAGGAAAUUCCUCUUCGGCUAUUGUGUUAAAAUAUAAUGAAAAAAUAUUUGAUUUUAAGAUGAACAUUGUUGUUUCCAAUAUGAAAAAUUAAUACACAAGAUUUCAAAAA